GGAGAUGUACCUAAAGAACUGGAUUCGCUCUUCCCUGCUUCCUCCGCAUCCCAGAGGACAGAGACGAUCAAGCCAAAGCCAGGAAUUUGUGUCAAGACACGAAAUGAAGAUAAAAAGAAAGUGUUCAUCAACGUCUGCACCUCCGAGGCCAUCCCAGCCCCGGAAGACAUCACCGACCAAGAACUGAUCGCCAUUUUGGAAUCUGACAAGCCGUCAGAUUUUCGCGUCCCCAUGUCCAUUGGCCAGCUGCACGAGGAGAAAGAUAAGUCUGGUGAGGUGUGCUUGGCCUACGACGUGGUCAUUAGCCCUGCAUUUUUCACCAAGAUGACAGACAACCCUCUUUUCCAUAAUUUCUUCAUGAUUGCGACUAUGGAAGGCAUCGAGGAAAAAUACACCAUGACCUUGGACAAAAAUGAUUAUCACUAUCAGCAAACUAUAGUUUAUUUCUGUGAAGAAAGAUUACCUUCCCAUAAGGUAGAAUUACCACAUUAUAAGGCUAAUUAUGAUCGAAUUCCCAGGAUACAAGAUCUCAGAGUAACAUGUAUAGAAGUAACUGUUAUUCACGUAACAAUUUCUGACUAG